CCUGUUGACUCCACAGCCUCUGUGCAGCCGGCAGACACAAGGAGACGUGUCCCACUCUCGUAGCAGGGCAGCGAUUAGCUUUACUCGGGCAUAUGGGAUCAGACAGCACCGGGGGAAACAUGGUAGAGAAGGCAGACGUGGAAAUGGAAAUGGCCGACAACCCGUUCGAGCCCUACAUGGAGUCUCUCCGGCAGCAGCUGGAGGAGCAGGACCCGGUUCUCCUCAUCGCGCUGAUCGUCGCCCUGGCGGUUGUUGUCAUCACCUGUGUGUUUCUGAAGUACUUCCUGAGCAGUAAGACUGUGCGCAGCGCGGUGCUGCUGGUCGGACUGUGCGAGUCCGGGAAGACGCUGCUCUUCAGCCGGCUGCUGUCAGGCAAGUUCAAGCGGACACAGACCUCCAUCACUGACAGCAGUGCUCCGUACAAAGCUAAAAACGACAGGGCCUGCACCUGGACUCUCAUUGACCUGCCGGGACAUGACAGUCUGCGUCCUCAGUACCUGGAGAAGUUCAAGUCUGCAGCCAGAGCAAUCGUGUUUGUAGUGGACAGCGCCAUCUUCCAGAAGGAGGUGAGGGAUGUGGCAGAGUUCCUGUACGUCCUGUUGACAGAUUCUGUGAUCUCCAGAAAUGGUCCAGCCAUCCUGGUGGCGUGCAACAAACAAGAUAUCACCAUGGCAAAAUCAGCUAAACUGAUUCAGCAGCAGCUGGAAAAGGAACUGAACACCUUGCGGGUGACUCGCUCCGCAGCCCUCAGCGCUCAGGAUGGCUCCAUUGGUGGCAGCAUGUAUCUGGGAAAGAAGGGCAAGGACUUCGAGUUCAGCCAGUUGCCCAUGAAGGUGGAGUUCCUGGAGUGCAGCGCCCGCGGUAGCAAGGGUGAAGAGGGGGAGGCAGACAUCCAGAACUUGGAGAAAAGCCUGGCUAAGCUGUAAAACGAUUAAACUCAACAUCCUCCGAGGCACAGACCUAAGAUCUGGUCACCCCCGUGUCCACUGUCACCUCAAUAAUCAAGAGGGACAAAUCCAUCUCGGUGGAGGUCUGACAGGAGUCAAACAUGGUCCUAUCCUUACAUGACAUUAAAGUUAGAAGAACAUUUGAGAUAUAUUCAGUGAGAAAACACCAAAAAAGACUGAAAGCUUGGAGCUGUGCGUCAGGAUGCUCUGCAGUGCUUCUUCAAUACAAAUCUUACUGUGAACAAUUAUAUUUAAAACGCUUUAUCUGAAUUAGCUUAAAAGGAUUUUGAAAAAAUACAUCUGUGGUUUGCAGUUCAAAGAAAGUAUCGUAGUUUAUUUAGCAUUUUCUAACUCUUUGCUCAUCUGACCUUUGAAAACAGGUGUGAAUUGCAUUUAUUCAUCAAGUUGAACAGUCAGAGUUGUGCCUUUUUUCUAGUGUUCUUAAAGAGAAGUGUUUGGCUUGUUUGCAGGAGAAUGAUGGUUGACUUGUGUGGAAGAAUUUGCAAUGAAUGUAUGAAUCUGUCGAGUCAUAAAAAAAUGAAAUGUCUGUAGUUGUUGAGCGUGUUUUAAAACCAGACAAUAUAUUUUUGAUGCUUGGUGACAGAAAAAAAGUUCCACUCUCAGUUUAGACAAAUCCAUGGUGCUGUAGUGUUAUACAGUCAGACUUGUUUAACUGUAAAACAGUAAAUUGAGCUAGGAAAGAUUCUUAGGCAGCAAAGACAAUUUACCCAUGUACAGAAAAAGAUUUCAUGGCUUUAGCAUAAUUACAUGAGGGAUUUGCGGGCUGUCAGUUCACAGGAUGCUGCGUCACAUUCAUUUCAAAAACUGCACCACUGUUCCUCAGAGCAAUUAAAAAGUGUUGCUGUGUGA